UGCCGGGGGCGGGUCAUACGGAAGCACGUGUGUCUGGUGAGAAGCCGCUUCCUGUGUCCUGUCCUCAGUUCACAUGGUGCUUUCAGCCUCAUAACGCAGGUCGUCUGUAUCUGGACGUGCACUGCGGAGGGCCAUGGCUUGUUACUUCAGGAGAGCAAUAGCGGAGCAGGUCUCCCAAAUUCUUGGAGUGACGUCAGAAAAAAUAAUAGAUCAUGUUCAUGCAAUUCCAGUCAACAGGAAACGCUCAUCGCCUGAUUUUCGGCUUUUUUUGAAGUCUGUGUUGGAUGAUCCUGCUGAUGCGGCCUUUUACCAGGAAAAGAUAGAGAAAUUAUCAGACAGGCUGGUUGCAGACUCAGUAGUUAGUAAUUUCGGCUUAACGCGGGGACUCCUGACCGUCACAGUCAACAGACCAUUAUUGGUUAAGAAAGUUAUGCACAAAAUAAGACAAGAUGGCUUCAGAUAUGGAUUUACUUCUGAGCUUUUGUCAGGCUUUCCAAAAGGUUUGACAUUGGUGGAAUACAGUUCACCCAACAUUGCCAAAAAAUUUCAUGUUGGACAUUUGCGAUCCACAAUAAUAGGAAAUUUUAUAGCAAACCUCAAGGAGGCAGCUGGUAAUAAAGUUGUAAGAGUAAACUACUUGGGUGACUGGGGUCUACAGUUUGGUCUUUUGGGUGCUGGCUUUAGCAAGUUUGGCUGUGAAGAUAAGCUCAAGACUAAUGCUCUACAGCACCUUUUUGAGGUCUAUGUGAAGGUCAAUGCAGCAGCAGAAAAAGAUGAAGAGAUGAAGCAGUCUGCUCAGGAAUUUCUGCGAAAACUUGAGAGUGGCCAUCCACAAGCCAUAUCUCUAUGGACACACUUUAGGGAUUUGAGCAUAGAAGAAUAUGCUAAAGUCUAUAAGCGACUUGGUAUUAAAUUUGAUGAAUAUGCUGGCGAGUCCUUUUAUAGGGAAAAAUCCCAAGAUGUCUUGAACCUUUUGCGAAGCAAAAACAUUCUUAAGAUUACCAAAGAAGGUACUGGAGUGGUAGACCUGACAGAAAAUGGAGACCUAUCAGCAUUUGCAACAGUAAUGCGUAGCGAUGGAACAUCCCUGUAUAUUACAAGAGACGUAGCUGCUGCAAUUGACAGAAUGGAAAAAUACAACUUUGAUGAAAUGGUAUAUGUGACCGAUAAAAGUCAACAAAGCCAUUUUCAAAAUUUAUUCAAGAUUUUAAAGAUGCUUGAAAAAGAUAAAGUAGACCGCUGUCAGCAUGUUAACUUUGGGAGAGUACAGGGAAUGCAGACCAGAAGAGGGGAUGUGAUUUUUCUUGAAGAUGUCUUGGAUGAAGCACGUUCAAGGAUGCUGCAAAAUAUGGCUAAAGCUCAAACAAGUAAAACCACCGAAUACCCAGAGGAUACUGCAGAAAAAAUUGGUGUGGCUGCUCUUAUUGUACAGGAUUUUAAAGGCCAACUUCAGGCAGAUUACCGUUUUAACUGGGACGAAGCACUGCAAAGCUGUGGAGACACUGGUGUCUUUUUACAGUAUACACAUGCACGAUUGCAAAGCUUACUUACGCUUUGGAAUACCAGCGAAGAAGAAGACUUCAAUGUGUCCUGUCUGCAGGAACCUUCUGCUAUUGCCACCUUGCAGCAUCUUCUUAGAUAUGAUGAAGUAAUAUACAAGACACUGAAGGAACUUCAACCAAGAUAUUUGGUUUCUUAUCUCAUGGGUCUUGGUCAUUUAGCUAAUGUGGCACAUCACUCUCUCCACGUUAAAGGAAGCACCCAAGAAGUUGCACAUGCUCGGCUUCAUUUCUUUAAUACCAUACGGGUAGUUCUUGCAAGUGGAAUGAAACUUCUUGGGAUUACACCUGUUGAUAAAAUGUAAGGAAUGCCAAUAAACAUUAUUUUAAUAAAAUAUCUACAUGAAA